AUGGGCAACCCGAAGGAGGCAGAGCUCGAGGAACAGCAGGCUCCCUCGCUGCCUCAGUACUGCGACGAUUCAGACACCGUCAUGGGCGACGAGAAGAUAUACACUCCUCCCAGCACUGCAUCAAACAGUGGUGAAUCCCACCCAGACCUCAAUGAAGAGGUGGCCGUCGAGAAUGCCCGUGAGAGCGACCAGCUUCUCCCAAGCUCUCCGCCAGGCUACCGUGACCAUGUCAGCUCGCCGGAAUACCAGCACGGUGAUGUAAAGGUAGACAUCAAGGAUGACUGCAUCAUCAAGGAAGAAGACUCGCCUGAAGAGCCUACUAGGCGCUGUCGAGGACUAAAGCGAUUCCGUCGCUGGUGGAGGGAAAGACGCCAAUGUCGUCGCCGUGAGAUUGGUGAAGCCCGUGAGCGGCCUUGCUGUGUGAAGAUAUUUAUCGCCUUGAAGGCAGCCCUUAUUGUCUGGCUGUGUCUUUGGCUUGUCCGCUGGGCUACCGUCAGCUUCAUCAGGAGGCAUCAUCGCCACCAUCAUCAGCACUCUGUUGGAUACCACAACCACGGCUUUGGAUGCCACUCAAUAUCUCCCCGGGAGAUCAUUGUUCGAGAAAAGGAAACCUGGAUCCAUGGAAACUACCCUCUUUACGACUUGCUCGACCUCAGCACUCGUAGUGGAUCAAUUUACGUUACGAUUGAUCCUCAGCCAGCACAUCCAGACGAUCCGACUCGCCCUGCAAAGGUCUCUAUCAGAUCUAGAACUGGUAAUGUCUUUGUGAGGUUCAGGAUGCCCAAUGAUGACGCAGUAGUUAGCGAUGCGUUAUCUACAUUUGUUGAUGCCAAAUCUCAGCCUUCCCUCUUCAAGGAAGUCUUCUUAAAAGAUCCAGCUUUGAGCCAUCAUCCGUGGCAAUCGAAUUCUUCUUCUAUACCCCCUCGCCCAUAUGAGUUCAAUAUUGAAACAAGGAAUGGAAAUGUGUUCGCUGUCCUUGGGUUUUCUACCCAUGCUGCGAUCAAAACCCAAUGGGGUAAUAUCAACACUCACCUAACUCCCCUCGUCUUUGAAAACACUACUUUCUAUAAAAACACGGAAUGCAAGGACUGUGAUGAUAUAUCGAUAACGACUCAUACCCGCUCGGGAAAUGUGUUCCUGUCAGUUACUGAGCCAUCCUUCAUCGCUUCUGAGAAGCCCGAACACGUACCGGGGGAUACAGCUAGUAACGCCCCCAAUACCAAGAUGCGUAUAGACCCUCGAUCUCCGGAUACCAACAUUCAGAAAGCAUGGGACCGUAUUCUGAAAGCCCUUAACAAGACACCCGACCAUUCUGAGGUCAAGGCUUGUUCCCAUUCUGAGCUCAACGUCAGCGCCUAUCACAAAAGCUACAAUUCGGGCAACAUGGCCAUUUCCUACCCUAAUUCCUGGGCCGGUCGUGUUCUUGCUAUGACUUCCCGCCGUGGAAAUGCCGUUCUUCGUGGUAAAGGCCUGGAAGUUACUGGUAGAUCUCCGGAUGGUAGAAGUGCCCUUGCUGCCAAGAAGCCUACUAUUGGGCAUGACGACAAGAACAGCUGGUGGGGUAGUGAGGGAAACAUGCGUGUGAAUCUGGAUGCGCUCAGAGGAUCCGUGGAGUUUGAUGUAAGAGAUUAA